AGAGCUUAGGGCCGGUGUAUAAGAGCAGGUCCAGGUGAGAGAGAAGGGACACAGCAGAACGAGGAGCUGCAGAACACAGGAGACACACAAAGGUGCCACAGAGAACAGAAAGGUAGUAAUCAUGAUCCGAGGUCUGCUGUCGGUGCUGUUGGUCCUGGUGGCCAUAGCCGUGUCUUCAUCUCUGGCUAAGCCUGAGAAGAACAUCGCCAAGAGGGGGAAGAGGAUUCCUCAGACUCUCUCCAGAGGCUGGGGUGAUCAACUAAUCUGGGCUCAGACCUAUGAGGAGGCUCUGUACUGGGCCAGGGCACAGAACAAGCCUCUGAUGGUCAUCUUCCACCUGGAGGACUGUCCUCACAGUGCAUCCAUGAAGAAGGUCUUCGCUGAAGACAAGGACAUCCAGAAGGUGGCUGAUGAAGACCUCAUCGUCCUCAAUCUGGUGUAUGAAACCACAGACAAGCACCUUUCCCCUGAUGGCCAGUAUGUCCCUAGAAUCAUCUUUGUCGAUCCCUCUAUGACAGUGAGAGCUGACAUCACAGGGCGCUACUCCAACCGUAUGUACGCCUAUGAGCCUUCUGACAUCAAACUCUUACUGAGCAACAUGCAGAAGGCCAAGAAGCUGCUGAAGACUGAGUUGUAAGCACUGACUCAUCAUGUAACCCCAUGACCUUUGGCCUGCGACUUCAGAGGUUCUCCGAACAUUGUCUGAACGUUCUCUGGAGCCUAGGAGUCAGCCAGUGGCAUACUGUCACCAUGUAAACCUAAGCACUGGAAAGAACUAGUCUUCACUUUCACAAAACGUUUUUUAAAUUCUGUUAUUUUUCCUGAACUUCUCUGUCUUUGUAAUGUAUUGCUGUACAUCUGAGAUGUCUUUUUAUUAAAUAUAGUGCAAUUAUGAAAUUAUUUGUGUCUCAUUGGAAAAUGUAAUUCAGUCCUUCCACCCUUCAUGACAAUGACUCAGGUUAAAAGGGCCAUUGGAAAAAAAACACACAGUGGGUGUGAAUGAAUCCGUGUGUUUGUGUUUGUGUAGUUAGGGAGUGAGUGCUGACAUCCUGGUCACAUCCUGAAUGGGCGGGGCCAGUGAGGGAAUGACACACCCACACAUGAUUCUUAGUAAUGUCAUGUAGUACUAUAAUAUUGCAAUGCAAUAAGUUCAUGGGAAUCUAAUAUGUCAUUUAGCAAAUAAAAGCAUUAUUUUGUCAUUCCA